CCACAUCAAAACAAAAGGUCUUUCCAAAAACUCACCCGUGUCAUCGGCCACAGUCGCGUUGUUUUUAGCCAAAUUUCCUUCAUUUUCAGUACUUUUUAGUGAUAAUUUGUAAUACUCCAGCUUAGAAAUGUUCAUCAAACCGUUCCGAGUGAAAAGCAACAUCCUGGUAACGGGAUCGGAACGGAAACGCCUGAAGCAGCGGGCCCAAUCGCAGUUCGCUGCAUCGGAAUCAUCCCCGCUGGCGGAACUGUUUGGCAACAAGUGCAAGGUCUGCGUCGUCAAAAUCGUGACCCACGGUGAGUGCCAAGUCACGGUCUACACCAGCGACAAGCGGCCGAUUUUCUUCGAGUUGGACAGCAAGCUGAUUCCGACCGUUUAUACGCUGUGGGCGUGUCCGGACAUGGUGCCGGAGUUCACCACCCAUCCGGCGGUGCUUCCGAAGCUGGCCAACGGGGCCGACCUGAUGAUCCCUGGAGUGGUCCGCCGGGGGAACGACAUGAAGUCGUGGGGCAACUACAGGAAAGAUGACAUCGUGGCGGUGAAUUUGACCUCGAACCGUGCGGCGGUGGGCGUUGGACUGCUGGCUCAUUCCAGUGACGAUCUGUACAUGUGCGGUGGCCACGGGAUUGCCGUUCGGAUGAUGCACGUCUUCGGCGAUAAGCUGUGGGGAAUGGAACCUUCGGUUUGCCAGCAGGUUCCUCUGAUGGGAGCCAUUCAAGCCGUUCCGAAGCUGGAUGAUGAAUUCCCUCCGCUGGGGUCACCGGGUCCGGAGGUGGCGAAGGAACAGCAGCCGUCGGUGAAGGAGGUGACGGAAAAGUUGGCCGAUGUGGACGUCAAUGGGGAAUUAGAGGCGGAGGUGGAGGGAAAUGAUCCUGACGAUGAAUUCGAGGAGGAGUCUCAGCCUGAUCCGGAUAAGCUCAUUAAAGGGGCUUUCCUCAAUGCUAUCAAGCUACAGGGAAAAAAGAUGGCGCUUCCCAUUCUGACGAGCACGUUCUAUCCUCAGUAUGUGCAACCGGAGCUGCCCGAAGGAAUCGAAAUGAAACGUAGCUCGUACAAGAAAGUUGGCACGUUCCUGAAGGAAAUGGCCAAAGAAGGACUGAUUCAAAUCAAGGAGGAGAAGAAAGGCAUCGAAAAGAUUGUUUCGAUAAAUCUUGAACAUCCGGAUGUACUUUCCUUCUAUCCGUAUAAAAUGAAGAAACCGGAAGACCCAGAAGCCGGCACAGCGGAUCAGAGCGCUUCUACUCCUCUGCUUCUGACGAAAAUGGUGGAAAUGUAUGCCGUGAACGAAGCGACUGAGAAACUAUUCGGAAGUGUGGGAGUUGCAGUGGGGAAAGCACUGGACGAAACUCAAGUCCGGAACUACAUCAAAGACUACGUAGGACGAAACAAAUUGAUAGAUCCUCAAAGUAAAAUGGUCACUCCGGACGAUACGCUGCGGGCAAUAUGUGGCGGUUCGGAAACGACGCUCUACUCCGUACCGGAAGUGAUAGAGCAUGUCCUGCGCAAUAUGACCAGCACCUUCGAGAUGCGCAGCCAAAAGGGUCCCGUCACCAAGGGAGGUAAGCGGUCAAUAAUUCAUCUGACGACCGCAACCCGAUCAGGCAACAAAAAGGUCACACUGAUCAGCAAUCUGGAAGACUACGGCGUAAAUGUGGCAGAAUUUGCCAAGGCCGUGAAGUUGGGUGCGGCUGCCAGUACCAGCAUGGCGGAAGUGCCCGGCACCAAGGGCGAACAGCUGCUGGUGCAGGGAAAUCACAUCAAGUUUGUGUACGAUCUGCUGACCGGAACCUACCAGAUACCGAAGGCGUGCAUCACGGGACUGGAGUUUGCCAAGGAGCAGAAAAAGAAGAAGAAAAAGUAAGGUAAGUGCGCGAGUUGCUGCUCACUUGGUGUUAUCAAAAAAAAAAAUAUUUAUUGUAAAUGUG